AUGGGAUGCGAUGCUAACUCAGAUGACCAUAUCCCACUUUGUACUCUUUGCGCUCGACAGUUGAGAGGACCCGAAGAAAGUGGAAAUGUAGAAGUGCCGUUCAGUUGCGCACUUUGUUUUGGUGUAUUAGAUGAAAAGUUUGCUGACGAAGUGGUAGCUGAGGUAAAAAAAAUACAUAAAAGCAGUGGUUAUGAUUCGAAAUCAUUCCUACUUGCAAUCAAUAUGCCUGUUACGGCGAUUCUUAGGGAAGCACUGUAUGAACUCGCCUAUCGAAAUGCAUCAUCAGAUGGUACUCUUUCUACGGUUCCUUUUAAAUUACGCAUCGUCAGCGCUUAUUUGGAAAGGAUUCGCAAUGCUACCGGUUUAUUACCAUCAUUGAAUUCGAAUUUAAUUCUUACUCUAACAUUUGUCAAUGAUGAAUUUAACAAGAGCGACCUUGAUUAUUUGAUGAAGGAAUUUCCUAACGAUUUCCAAAUAUCACGGAAAAGAUUGAGAUAUGCUAGCGUGGACGAUACCCUCUUGUCGAUGUAUACAAAGGUACGAAUUGCGGACCUGACACAUAAGCUGGAUCGAGAACAUGCAUUAAUUUACAAUAUGACGUCACCGUCGACAUCAUGUCAUUACACCGUUUCAUUUGAACAUAGUCCACUGUUCAUAGCCGGACGCUAUUGCAAAUUUUCUAGAAACAUGUCUCAAAGUCCGUGGUCCGCUUCAACGGAUACGAGGAAAAUUAUUGGACAUUCGGUAUCAGAGAAAGUUGGGACACCAUUUGUCACGGAAACUGGAUGCGAUGUUGCACGUUUUGUAGCUUCAGGACGAGAAGAUAUUGAUGUACGAAUGCUUGGUAACGGAAGGCCAUUUGUUUUGCAACUGAUCAAUCCCAAGAAGAUUUUUUCGUUCCAAAAGUAUAACAUAAAGACCACAUUAAAACGUUUGGAAAAUAGUAUUAAUAAGAAUCUUGAUGUUAAAGUUCUAUCCGGUUUGAAACAGAUCACGUCAGAGCAAGCAUCGUUGAUAAAAAAUGGUCAAGACGAAAGGCGGAAAUUAUACACUGGUUAUUGUUACGCUACACGGAAACUUAAUGAUCUUUUACUAAAAGAACUUCGUCAUAAAGCACCAAUUGAAGUGAUUCAAAAAACUCCUGUGCGUGUGCUGAAACGUCGUCCUUUACUCGAAAGACGAAGGAUGAUAUUUUUCAUAGCAGCGCUGAAAUUGGAUGAUUAUCAUUUCCUAGUCAGAAUGGAGACGCAAGCAGGAACUUAUGUAAAAGAAUUUGUGCAUGGUGAUUUUGGUCGAACUCGGCCAUCAUUGACAGAUUUAUUGGGAGUUGAAUGCGGUGAAGUUGAUAUACUUGAAUUGGAUGUUGAAGGUGUUGAUAUGCAAUGGCCACCAAGUAGUUCAUCAAGAAACGGAAUACUUCUAAUUUUUAAGAAAAUGAUAACCAAAGUAUGUACAGGCAAGGAAAGGAGAGUGGCGGAGGAGGAAAAAAUAGGGGUGGAUAUGGUUCCGCUGACGGUAAUAAUGGUGGCUGAAAAACCAAUGCUUGCUGAGUCCAUUGCAAAAAUUCUUGCCGAUGGGAAAGUUGAAAAAAGAAAAGGUUGGAACAAUAUUUGCUCGGUCUCGGAAUACCGUGGGCAGUUCCAAGGACAAUCAGCUAUGUUUAAGGUAACAAGUACUUGUGGUCAUAUAAUGUCUCUAGAUUUUCCGUCAAAAAUGAAUAAUUGGGAAAAAGUCGACCCAGUUCAGUUGUUUUCAUCAUCAACCACGAAAAGGGAAGCAAAUCCAAAAAUGCGAAUGAAUGAGUAUCUCGCUUCGGAAGCAAAAGGCUGUGAUUUUCUGGUCUUAUGGUUGGAUUGCGAUAAAGAAGGAGAAAAUAUUUGCUUUGAAGUGAUUGAAGCGGUCAAAAAUUCAAUAAAAAAGCCAAGAACGGGAGAUAUUAUGCGAAAUAUUUAUAGGGCACAUUUCUCAGCCAUCACUGCAAAAGAUAUUAAGUCGGCAAUGAGGAAUCUUGGUCGUCCUAACAUCAAUGAAAGUUUAUCCGUUGAUGCACGUCAAGAGCUUGAUUUGAGGAUUGGUUGUGCUUUUACGCGCUUUCAAACGCGAUAUUUUCAGGGUAAAUAUGGUGAUCUCGAUAGUACAACCAUAUCAUUUGGUCCAUGUCAGACACCAACAUUAGGAUUCUGUGUGACUCGUCAUGAUUUGAUUACACAGUUUAAGCCAGAGCAAUACUGGGUUUUAGAGACAAUCUUCGAAACUUCAGCAGGUGAGAAAUUAAAACCAACUCAUGCCAGGGGCCGUAUAUUUGAUAAAGAAGUCUCUCAACUGUUCUUUGAUCGAAUCAAAAAGCAGAACCAAGGUGUUAUUGUUGAUGUGAGCAGUUCGGAGUUCCAAAAAGAGCGUCCACAGGCGCUCAAUACCGUUGAAUUAUUGAGGGUUGCUAGCAGUAGCCUAGGUCUUAGUCCUGCACAGACUAUGAGCACUGCAGAAUAUCUUUACACCAGAGGUUUUAUAAGUUAUCCACGCACGGAAACUACAGCAUAUCCUUCAAAUUUUGAUUUUUUUGAGGCUUUGCGGCAUCAGCAAAACGACAGCCGCUGGAAAGAUAUUGUCAAAGAAUUAUUAUCAAAAGGAAUAACAAAACCUCGUAAUGGUGAAGAUAAAGGUGACCAUCCGCCGAUAUCACCUUUGCGUGCCAAUGACGGCUCACUCUCUGGAGAUGCUCUAAAAGUAUACGACUAUGUCACACAGCAUUUUAUUGCAACACUAAUGAAACCUUGCACAUAUCUUGUCACGAGUGUAAAAAUCGAUGUCGCAAAUGAAAUAUUUAUUGCAAAAAGUAAGUUUGUUAUCAAUUUGGGUUACACGGAAAUCAUGGUAUGGCAGAAAAUUGAAGAAAACGCACAAAAUUAUAAUAUAGUCAAAGGCACAAAAGUCAGUUUAAAAGAUGGAAAAAUAUGUGAGUAUGCGACGACUCCACCAGACUACCUCACUGAAUCAGAAUUGAUCUCAUUAAUGGAAAAGCACGGUAUCGGGACGGAUGCUUCUAUUCCCGUUCACAUUAGUAAUAUUUGUCAGCGGAAUUAUGUUACAGUUGAGUCCAGAAGACGCUUGAAGCCGACAAAAUUAGGCAUUGCACUUGUGCACGGCUAUUGGAAAAUAGAUGCUGAACUGGUAUUACCUACAAUGCGAUCCGAGGUUGAAAACCAAUUAAAUCUAAUUGCUAAGGGAUAUGCCGAUUUCUGUUCUGUCAAGAAUCAUGUGCUUGAAAAUUUCCGCCUUAAAUUUAUUUAUUUUGCAGAAAAUAUUGGUCUUGUUGAUUCUCUUUUUGAAGAUUCGUUCACAUCACUUGCUGCUUCGGGAAAACCAUUUAGCAGAUGUGGAAAAUGUCGACGUUUUAUGAAACUUGUCGCUUCCAAACCACAACGUUUGCAUUGUCCAAAUUGUCAGGACACAUAUUCGUUGCCUUCUGCCAAAGAUGGGUUAUUGAGACUUCAUGGUGAAAACAAGUGCCCUUUGGAUGAUUUUGAUUUGGUUUACUGGCAAGGUCCUGGAGGAAAAUUGUCGAUGUCAUAUGCGCUUUGUCCUUAUUGUUAUAACAAUCCGCCAUUUGAAGGGAUGAGAAAAGGUUCAGGAUGUCAUGAAUGUUCUAAUCCUGUGUGUCCUCAUUCAUUCCUAACGCUGGGAGUGGUACAGUGCCCACGUCAGUGUGGUGCUGAUAAUGGAGUAUUGGUAUUGGAUCCGCAAUCUGCGCCAAAGUGGCGUAUUUCUUGCAACAAGUGCUCUGCUGUUGUAGCUGUUUUUGAAGGCGCAUUACGCGUUAAAGUUCUUACUAAACAGUGUGAAGAUUGCGGUGCACAGCUAAUUUUUGCUGAAUACAAGGAUAAGUUUUCUUUGCCAGAGGAGAAAACCACGUAUAAAGGUUGUGUUUUUUGUGAUAAAUCCAUUUCACAUCUGGUGAAUUUAAAUCAUGCAUAUAGUGCAGAACAGCCUAUUCAGCGGCGACAUAAUAUGCGACAAAAACGCGGUGGUGGUGGUGGUGGUGCAUCGAUGAAAAGUCGUGGUCGAACUGCACCGAAGAGAUAA